CUUGCUGUGGGCUGCUCACUGCAUUUCAAAUAAUAACGUUUGAAAUAGUGUAAUGCUAAAGGAGUUGAUUGCUCAUUUUCAGGAGUAACCUGCCAAGAUAAAGAUAUCGGCACUGAACAAAGAAGAGGCAUAUGACAGUCAAGAUAACUGCAAGAUGACACCAUUUUCUAAGAACAUUGUUUCUGUCUCUGUCUGGAUAACAGUCGUAAUCCUUUUCGGUUCUACCUGUGAUGGUGGCAAAAUCUUGGUGGUGCCGUUGGAGGGAAGUCACUGGGUGAACAUGGACAUCCUCAUCAAAGCUUUACAUGGUCAAGGGCACAGCAUUGAUGUAAUACGCACCUAUAAUAGCUGGUUUGUAAAGGAGAAUUCAACUUAUUACAACUCUAUAACCAUACCUAACACCACAGGAAUGGAUGAAGAAUUUGUAGAUGACGUGCUCUCCAAACUAAUCGACCAUGAAAGAGGAAAGAGCCACUGGCUGAGCUAUGUACAGCUGUAUUUCGAUAUAACUAGUAGCAUGUAUAAAAUUCAUAAAAUGGCAUGUCAGCUUAUAACAAACAUGUUUGAAAGUGAGGAAAUUAUGAAGGCACUGCAUGAUAAACAGUACGAUCUGAUGCUAACUGAUCCAGUAUUGGGUGCAGGCAUUUUCUUGGCUCAUGAACUCAAGUUACCCAUGGUAUAUAACGUGAGAUGGACCGCUACUGGAGAGGGACACUUUGACAUCGCUCCCUCGCCGUUGUCUUACAUCCCUUUCACAGGAUCUGGAAACACUGACAAAAUGAACUUCUUUCAACGAGUAAAAAAUGCUUUCUACUAUUUCCUAAUGAACUUUCAGUACAGCUAUUUUAAUUUGCCACAGUACCAAGCACUGUGUGACAAAUAUUUCCAUCCACCUGUAUGUUUUUAUGAACUUCUCCAGGGGGCUGAUAUAUGGCUUAUGAGGGUUGAUUUUGUUUUUGAAUUUCAACGUCCAACUAUGCCAAAUAUCAUCUACAUUGGUGGCUUCCAGUGUAAACCAGCGAAAGCCCUUCCACAAGAUCUGGAGGACUUCAUGCAAAGUUCUGGAGAGCAUGGAGUCAUUAUCAUGUCUUUAGGGUCGUUUAUCAGUGAUCUACCAGAUGAUGUAACAACAGAAAUAGCUGCUGCUUUUUCUCGGCUCCCUCAAAAGGUGAUUUGGAGAUACACUGGAAAGAGACCAUCUAAUUUGGGGAACAACACAUUACUGGUUGACUGGAUGCCACAGAAUGAUCUUCUAGGGCAUCCAAAGACUAAAGUUUUUAUUGGACAUGGCGGAACCAAUGGGGUUCAAGAAGCUUUGUACCACGGUAUUCCAGUGGUUGGAAUUCCAUUCUUUUUUGACCAGUACGACAAUCUUCUUCGAAUACAAGAAAGGGGAGGAGCCAAGAUACUCUCCAUCGCAACUUUAGAUAAAAACACUCUGCAUGCAGCCCUACAGGAAGUAAUCAAUGAACCAUCUUACAGACUAAGUAUGCAGAGGCUCUCUCUUCUGCACAGAGACAAACCAGUUAAACCUUUGGACAGCGCCCUUUUCUGGAUUGAGUUUGUAAUGAGACAUAAAGGUGCUGCUCACCUCCGUACAGAGUCCUACAAACUGCCUUGGUACUCCUAUUACUCAGUAGAUGUUGCACUUACAUUGUUUGCAGUUGUUCUGAUAUUCACUCUCUCCAUAUUUUUUAUAGUUAGAUAUUUGUGUGUCAAGUGCUGCAUCAGAAAAAGGAAAACUGAGUGACACAUUUGCAUAUGAAGUAUAGACAUGGUUUCUUCUUAUGUGUCUGUCCCAUGACUUACUACUUAUGUAAUGAACAGUACAUUGAACUUUAUAGGAAAAGAGAAACAAACUACAGUAAGUGAUGAUGACAUUACGUCUGGCCGGAAAACAUCAGGAUAUUUAAAAGACAAGCCCAGAGUCUCUCCUUUAGUAAGCAGGAAUUUAAGGCAGGCAUGGAAAAUAAAUAAAUAAAUAUACAUAUUAGUGCUGAUAAUCAAUUAAAAAAAUUAACUAAUUAAUUUCAAUUUUUUUCUGUAAUUAAUUGUGAUUAAUCGCAGCUACCAUCAAAUAUUUUUGUAUUCUAACAAUUUCACAUUCAAUCUCCAAAUUAAUGUAGUAACAACGUAAAUACAGUGUAUUUAAAAUAUUUUAUCUAACAGGUAAGCAUAGGCGUAAUUUUGGGGUGGGACGGGUGGGACAUGUCCCCACCACUUUUUUGCCAGUGUCAGUAUUGUCCCCACCACUUUUUGAAUACCUAAUACAAAAAAAGCAUCUCCAUUUGAUUAGAAAUUCAUUCGUUUGUGUUAAAUAAGUGGCGAUCUGGUGCUGGAAUAUGUUGUUUUUUAAAUCAUGCUGAGUGCCCGUUGCCGCUGUGAUCAGUGACGGAAGGCAACAGUGUUCUCUUGGCGCUGGCGCACACUGCGCAGUCUUUACACAGACAAGCACUUCAAUCUAUCAUUUAAAGCUGUUGCACAAGACUCUCUAUUCGUUCAGGUGAAAUCACAAAACAAAAUUCACACAAACGUGUCCCUGCUCUUGAUAUUCAAUAACCGACUAACAUAUUUGGUUUUAAUGAGGGGGACAAAAAAACGAUAUAAGAGCAGAUUAGAACCAAGAUCCUCUCUGACACACUUAACAAAAGUUCUACCACCAGACUAUUCACACACACACAAGCAUUCUGUGCGAAUCUAUGUAUUUAUUCACUGACGUGACGAAUCUCGGGACUAACAAUAUAUUAUAUAAUAGUAGAUGUAAGCAUGAAACUAUCACAUUAAAUAUGACUUCUGUGUCGAUAAAUUCAAAUAAAUGUACUAUUAAAAUUGA